AUGUUCCCUGUGAAGUUGAUUGAUUUGUAGUUGUCGCCCUCGAGAUCUGAAUACAAGGAUUUCUCAACAAACAUUAGCGAAAAUGACCUUGACUAUGACACUUUCAAAUUGGAUCAAAUGCACAAACCCCCCUUAAUUAAGAAGAGUUCUUCUUAUCCAAGAAAUUAAUAUAAACAAUAAUUGAUAGAGGAAAGCAAUAUUGAUGGUGAUCAGAUCAUAUAGGAAUGCAAUCGCUUUAUUUAAGACCCUUAAGUCAGCGUAACGCAACUCCUACAGGACUUAGCACUUGAUCAACCAAAGAAAAAUAGAAGUGCUGGCUUCUUGAAGUUCUUUGAUGAGAAUAAAAACUAUGGAUUCAUAGUGAUGGACUCAGAUGGUUCAGAUAUUUUCGUCUAUGCUGAUGAUCUCACGAAAACUGGAAUCUCUAAAGAGUAUUUACGAACUGCUAAGUUUGGAAAUUGCAUCAGAUUUACUUUUACUUGCAUGGAAUAUUACGGUAAAUACAAUAAAUCGAGGAAGGCAAUCGACUUAGAAUAUUAAAAGCCAGGCUUGUUCACUCAAAGCCUCUACUGAUUAAUUAUAUACAUUUAUAACUUAAAUUUUAUAAUCUAUA